CCGCUCCCGUCACCCGGCCGCUCCCCGGGCCGUGGCCGCCGGCCCCAUCCCGCGGGAAGCGGGCGGGGGUUAUGUAAGCGUGUGCGUAGGGAGCGUCUCCUGGACCAGCGGAGCUCCCUUCCAGCCCUGACGAUUCUGUGACGCGGGCCGAGGGCUCGGUGCCGUCGGGACGUGUUGGUCAAAAGGAACCCCCGGGCAAGAGAGAGCCGCUCGGCCGUGCGGCGCUGCCGCACCCAAAGAGGCUGUCAAGCAGCAGAACGAGUUAAAAUGGUCCCUCUCGCAGCGUUAGUAAAGUCAUUACUAAAAGGUGAAUUUCUCACGCCUGUUAAUUACAGAGCUGAAACCGCCGCCUGUGUGCUGCCCGCACAGCGGGUUUCCCUGGACCUGCUCCUUGGCUGCACCGGAGGCCGACGGGGGCAUCGCACUGCCAGGAUUCAGCACAACCCUCUGGAGCCUUAACAGGGCAGCUCUAGUUGCAGGUCUGAAAAUAAACCUCCACCUGUGGAUUUCAGCUCAAAUCUACAGCUUCCAGAGUGUUCACGGACAAGUGGGUAGCAACAGCAAAAGUGGUCUUAUUAGAGAGAUAAAAGGGAGUACAGGACAAGUAAAAAGGCAGAGGAUCCAAAUCAGCAGUAAGGACCUUUCUUAACUUGGAGAAUUCCAGACAGUACUUCAAGAACUGUCAUUUUUCUUUCUCCUAAAAUAUUUUUUCUGCUAAGAUGCACAGAAAGCAGAAGUCAGCAAGAAGAGACACAGGCAUCAUAGAUUUUUUCCCUUCAUGCUCUUCUUUCCUCACUUCAAAUGACAUAAUAAACGUAGUAAUAGAAUCACAGAAUCAUUUAGGUUGGAAAAGACCUCUGAGGCCAACUUUUUACUGUCCACCACCAUCUCAGCUUGGCCAUGGCACUGAAUGCCACUUCCCCUUGUUUAUUGAACACCUCCACAGAUGGUGGCUUCAUCACCUCCCUGGACAGCUCAUUCCAAUGCUUAAAAACCCUGUCCGUGAAAAACUUCCUCAUGCUCUCCAACCUGAACCUCCCCUUGUGCAGCUUGAGGCUCUGUCCUCUCAUCCUGUCACAGCUUACCUGGGAGAAGUAUCACCACCAUCAGGCCAUACCUGAUGAUCAAGGACUGACUUCCAUGAUGUUGAGAGGAGUCGCUCACGGUGCAAAAGACACGUUCACUCUUCUGUUGACAAGAUCUCAGAGCCGUAACCCAGGACCGAAGCUUUCUUCAGUAUGGCCUGACAUAACAAACAAAAGCUUCCUAAUACAUUCCAGUUACACAAGUGAUACCAAGUCAAAAGAGGAAAAUAAAAAAACCCUUGAGAAUCUCUACAGUUUGUCAGUUGACAUAUCGAAAAUACGCAGACUGAAGGAAUGGGUCCUUCUCCAGGAUGUGGCCUAUGUUAAAGAAAUUGCUGAUAUCUUACAGGAAAUGGGAGCAGAUGAGACCACUGUAGCCAACAUUAUAGAACGCUGCCCAGAGGCAAUUCUUCACACCCCAGCAGAGAUAAACUCUCAAAGAGCUUUAUGGCAAUUAGUAUGCCAGAAUGAAAAACAGCUGAUUAAAUUAAUAGAGCAAUUUCCAGAGUCUUUUUUUACUACUGAGUAUCAGCAGAACCAGAAGGCAAACAUACUAUUUUUUCAAGAGCUGGGACUUAAGAAUAAUAUAAUCACCAGGUUCUUGACAAGUGCACCAAAUAUUUUCUAUAACCCUGUUGAGAAAAACAAAGCUGUGAUAGAGACAUUACAAAGAAAUUAUUUAAAUUUAGGGGGUUCUGAAGCAAAUAUGAAGAUAUGGAUACUGAAGCUAUUGAGCCAAAAUCCAUUUAUUUUAUUAAAUACUUCCACCACAAUCCAGGAGAACUUGGAAUUUCUCCAAAAGAAUGAUUUCACUGACCAGGAAGUCCUACAGCUGCUAUCCAAACUUAAAGGCUUCAUUUUUCAACUUAAUUCUACCACUAUGCAGAAGAGUAUGCUUUUCUCCAAAAACACCUUCAAGUGCAGUGAUCAAGAACUAAAACAACUAGUGCUGAAAUGCCCAGCCCUUCUCUACUAUUCUGUUCCAGUUUUGGAAGAAAGACUUGAAGGACUACAGAAGGAAGGAAUUUCUAUAGCACAGAUUAGAGAGACACCAAUGGUGCUGGAGUUGACAACACAAAUCGUUCAGUACCGAAUUAAAAAGCUCUCUGCAUUAGGAUAUGAUAUAAAGAGUGGAAAUCUAGAAAGCUUGAAUGGUACUAAAAAAGAUUUUGAAGUCACUUAUGGUAAGAUACAAUCAAAGAAGGAGAGACCAAUUUUUAAUCCUGUUGCUCCUCUACACAUUGAAGAUUAAUUUGAAUGCUGUACUUCAAGUUAUGCAAAAGCAAAUUAAAACGGAAGUUGGUUCUUCAAGAAGAGAUGGAAGAAGAGCAAUCUUAAUCAAGACAGUAGUCUUACAAUGUACUUUGUGCAGGAGGGGGUCUUAGGCACAACUUCAGUGUACAAUUGUAUUCUAAUGCUUUCAAAUAAUAUCAUAGAAGUUACAGUUAUGAUAAAGGUUGCCUUUUCCUAAGAGUACCUCAGAUGUGACAUUUUCUUACCUGAUGGGGCAUUAACUGCCUUAGAUUUUCAGCUCUGUCACUGCACAACACCACAGCCCGUGGUACUGAUUAGCACAAUUUUUAUCUGAGGAAGACAAAAGGAGGACUAUUAUUUUUCCAGUCGUGUUCAUCAAUCUGCUGGUUCACUGUUUUCAGGAAAUGCUCUUGGACUUCUUUUCCUUAUUGCUGAAGUAGCUUUAGCUCCUGGAUCCUGACCUGCAGCAAUUGAUUUCUUGGACAGGAAAGCCCUGUCCUAAGCACAGGGGUGGGACAUGUUUUUCUAUUCAUUGACUGCUACAGUGAGACUCUAGUAUGUUUGUGUACAAACCAUAAUGCAAAGAAGCUACAAGAUAACAACCUUUACAUUUCUGAGAUUACAAAAUUGACUUAUUUCUCAAAAGGUCUGGAACAGGAGGAAAUAUAUUUCUUGCUACUGUAUAGUCCUUAAUCUCUUCUAGCAAGGUUUGGGGACAGGAAAGGUAAGGGAGACUCAAGUCUCAAAUGAUUGUAGGAGAAAAGAAAAUGUCAUGCUUUUCUAUGAGGUGCAUCAAAACUCUAGUCUGUAAACCACUGGUGAUUAAACAUGAGUACCAGAUUUGCAAACAGCUGCAACAGUUUCUAAAUAUAUGGGUGGUACUGCUUCUCAGAUAACACCAUAUGACAAUUGGCAACAAGUGCUGGCUUUCAAAAUAGUAACUAUCAGACAGUGUUUAAGUUCUCAAGGGAUUUGAUUUCUUCUCAUUUAUGGACUGUGAAUGAUAAUAUAAAAUAGCAGCAUCACUGACAAUCAUUUCAACAGAAUUAGGAUCAUCAGUGACUUUACUUCUCAGACUUUUUAAAGUAGCUAUUCCACACAUACUCCCUCUUGACAACAGAAUAAAAACCAGCUACGCACCACCCUCACUCCAGGCAUUCUUCAACACACAUUUUGGCAGCAAGUCCAGGCCUCCGUUUCUUAAAAUGUGGUUUGUAAUUACUGAGGAAAGCUGGUAUUGAAUUACUGGUCCAGAGGGUGGGCUGCAAGAAUGAUGAUUUUAUAAAGACUGCCACAUUAUCUGCUGUGCACUGGGAAAGGGCUGGGAACACCUGGUAGGAGCAGUCUCAAGAUCUCAGCAGCUGAAGGUCUUACACUGAGCACUCUGCAGGCAAGUGCAGACGUGACAGGCGUUUCUGGGGGCAAAUACCACUCCUAACAGGAGCACGUGUGACAGUGGCAGGAAUUCAAGAAGAGGAUGUAUCACCAUCAUGAAAAAAAUCAGGCUGUGGUACCAGGCUGUGUCUAUGCUGAAUCAUUCAAAGCACGUUAUCAUUUUUUAAGAGGAAACUGGGAAGACGGCCAUAUUAAAAAUUCACAGGAACUUGCCUUUGUCACUUUCUGACUGUCCUUCUCUGCUCAGCUAUUAAGCAGACCACAAUAUUAAUCUGAAUUCAAAAGCCUCCUUCCCCUCAGACACAAAGGAGCAUGUCAGCUCUCCAAAGCUCUUACUAACACAACCUGUAACUGAUCCAGAGACCUGAUUGGUAGCUUAGGAGGAAAGGAAAAUAAGAACAGUAUUUUCCCAGAAUAUUUAAUUCUAUCAUUUCUACAGGUAUCUGUUUCUAAAAAGUUCUUCAAACAGCUUAUUCCCAUCACUUAAAUUAUUUCCAGUGGCAACAGAACAGGAAAAGGAUGUAUUUCCUUAACUAACUCAGCCUGAGUUAUCACAAACUCAUUUUGCAUUCUGAAUGUUUCAAUUUCUCUUCCCCUUUCAAAAUAAAAGCAUGAGCAGAAAUGCUCUUAUUCUCUACUACCA